AUGUCUGGUUAUAAGCGCAUGCGGCGGCAGCACCAGAAGCAGCUGAUCGCCCUGGAGAACAGGCUGAAGGCGGAGAUGGAUGAGCUUAGGCUCCGGUUGCAGAAAGAAGUGGAGACCCACGCAAACAACACUUACAUAGAACUGGAGAGACUGGCCAAACGGCACGCUGUUCACACAGACAAAGAGUUAAAGGCAGCUACAGCAGAGGAGAAGAGGAUCCAGCAACAGAUCAUUGCCCAGCAAAAGAAGGAGCUGACCACCUUCUUAGACAACCAGAAGAGAGAGUACAGGCUCUGUAAAGAGAAGAUCAAAGAGGAGAUGAAUGAGGACCCCAGUACACCCAAGGAGGAGAAGCAGGAGCGUCUGUCCAGGCACAAGGAGACGGUGCAGCGCUCACAGGCUGAUGAUGAGGCCCAUCUCCUUGACCAGCAGAGGCUGGUCUAUGACAGGAGUUGCCGGGCCAUGAAACGCAGGACACUAGUCAGGAGGCACGAGUUUGAACACGAGCAAAUGAGAGAGGAGCUGAAUAAGAAGAAGACCCAGAAGGAGAUGGAGCAGGCCCUGAUGAUCCGACAGGACGAGUCCACUCAGGAGCUGGAGCGCAGGCAGCUGCAGACACUGCAGAGGCUCCGUGUUGAGCUGAUCCGCCUGCAGCACCAGACCGAGUUGGAGAACCAGGAGGAGUACAACGGCCGGCGGCAGAGAGAGCUGCACAGGAAGCACGCCCUAGAGCAGAGGCAGCAGCCCCGGAACCUCAAGAUGUUGGAGAUGCAGAUCAAGAAACAGUUCCAGGACACGUGUAAAGUGCAGAACAAGCAGUACAAAUCCCUGAGGAACCAUCAGCUUGAGGUCUCUCCUAAGAGUGAGCACAAAGCCAUCCUAAAGUCACUGAAGGAGGAGCAGACACGCAAGCUCGCCGUGCUGGCCGAGCAGUACGAGCAGAGCAUCAACGAGAUGAUGGCCUCACAAGCGAUGCGUCUGGAGGAGGAGCAGCAAGGAGAGUGCCAGGCAUUGAAGCAGCAGCUGCAGCAGGAGAUGGAGCUCCUGGAUGCCUACCAGAACAAGACCAAGGCCCAGACAGAAGCCCAACACGAGCAGGAGCUGCAGAAGCUGGAGCAGGAAGUUUCCUUACGCAGGGCCCACCUGGAACAAAAGAUUGAAGAGGAGCUGGCCUCACUUCAGAAGGAACGCACUGAAAGGAUCAAGCACCUGUUUGAACGGCAAGAGAGGGAGAUGGACGCUUUCGAUGCAGAGAGCGCUAAGCUGGGGUUUGGGAGCUUAGGAUCACUGGACUUCCCCAAGGAGGACGACAGAUGAAAAUGGAUGUGUGUGUGGAGGACUCUUUGCUUCUGGUGUAUGGUGUAGACACGUGCUUGCACGGUUUCACUGUCGACUUGACCAUUGUCAACCUCCACAGUGACAAUGCUGGAUAACUCUCUUUUUCUCUCUAGUCUUUUAGAUACCACAUCACAGCAUAGUGCUGUCAUGUGCCAGGGGAACUACUUUUGUGCAAUUUAAAAAAGGGGGAAAAUAAAACAAGAGGAAUUCAAAACACAAGACUAAAGCAAGACAAACCAAGAAAGAAUGCUUAUCAAAAAUAAGAACUGACUCUUUACUCCAUGCCGUCACAGCUCCUUUUGGUAUAAAAUUCAGGAAAUUUUAGUAAAAAUGAGCACUUUGAUAUGUUUAAGUAUUAACCAUGUUCAUAUAAUGCUUAAUGCGUAUGUCACAUGGAGGGGCAUUGUGGAAUGUGAUCUGCGGACUACACCGUGAUGUUUAGCUGCUUCAUCUUUCUUCUCAGAGAAUGUGAAUAAUACUGGAUGUGAAUACUGUGAGCUAAAAAGAGGGUAUGGGGACGGUGUCAGAUGUAUGUACGCAGUUUUAUGGAGAGCUUUUACUUAAUUCCAUAUUGAGCUAAAGAAUAUAGUCCUUCACUUUUUUAAACAAUUACGAUAUUUAUGUUCCAUUGUUCAGUAUUUAGGAUUUAUUGGCAUCAGUUUGAUCAAGGUGUGUAUUUUAUCACAAUGAUUCAACUCAGUAAAACUGCUUAUUGUUGCAUGCACUUUAAAGACACAUUCAGGUUGUGAAGUAAAGCAUGAAUCUGUCAAGAGAUUUUAGCCGUUUGUAAAUAAGUGGUCAUAGCAUUUUUGUUUUAAUGCCUAUUGAUACUGAACAUAAGCGCCAUAUUAGAUAUGACAAUUUCACAAAUGCCUUUAUUUAAGUUGUGCCUAUGAAGCGGUUUUCAUUUGUCGUUCUUUCAUGUUUGUUUAGCACGGCCAACACCAUUGUUUGUUCCAUUCCAAUUUGUGAAUAAUUUAAUGUUCACUAAUCAAAGGUAUUGUAAAGGAAAUGGUGAGAAUUGUGCUGUAUAACUUUUGAUAUAAAUAUUUGUAUUUGAGAACCUAACUAGGAGAUACAGAAGAUGUGGUCGAUUACUUGAUGAAGGAACUUCACAUUAUAAUUUGGAAUGUUUUUUUUUGUCACAAAUAAAACUGACAUGGUAAUACAGUAGAUCAACAUACUGAAAACGAAUCACUGCAGACUUAUCAGAUUGUAUAAAAACAGUUUAAUGAUAUCACAGAAUUACUGUAAAUACAUAUUUUUUAAAGAUGUCUGGCAGGUGGUUGCUUUGUUCUGGGUUGCAUUCAAGUCAUAGCUGUUUAGCUACCAGAUGUACAAUGUUUUGUAGUGUUCACGGUUGUUAUUACACAUAAGGUUGCACAAUGUGUCCAUUACAGUGACUUGAUUUCUACUAUCACCAUCAGCCUUUGUGAUCCUGUGACACAGACAGAAGACCAGAUUGAAUGUCUGUCUAUGGAUGUUACAAACUAUUUCAAAGUGUCCAGGGUGAACAGUUUCAAAAGAUUUCUUGAAUGCAACCCUGGUAUUUUGACAGUUGCCUCCAAACUCUCCUGUUCCCUAUACAUUGAUAAGUGAUGGAAAUCAUGCUCUUCAUAGUGGUGGGCUGGGCAAGUGAGAUUGAGAAUGGUAUAAUAUCUGACACAAAUGCAAGAGAACUAACUUUGGAAUUCGAAAUACAUGAAUAAACAACUAAUAUUUUAAAUGUGAACAACCCAGUAUGGCAUUGUUUAUACCCCCAGACUUAUGGCUCCUUGCAAGAAUUCAAGUGUCAAAGUUAUUUAGUAGGACUCAUUUUUGGAAUGAUUUGCUGUAAAUUACUCCUUUGAAAGCAAAAUAUUUUGAGUUUGGAAGGUUUUUCAGAUUGUAACUUUUGUUGACAAAUGGUUAAGAUCCAUAUGCUAUUUUCUCUGGGUUGGUUGAAAAUGGUUUAAACCUGUUAUGAACCAAAGUGUUUAUGUGGACUUCAGUUAUAAAGAAAUAUGUAUUUAGCUAGAAUAAAGGGGACUUUCCUAAACUAAGCCAUGCAGCAUUUCCUGUGUGGCACAGACAAAAUAAAAGAGAUUCUCUUGAAACAUGA